GGUAGUUCAGUGGGUCUGGACUGGGGUAUCGAAGACCACAUUACAGCCCAUUAACACUGAUGUAUUAAUCUACAUAUUUAAAUUGAAUCUCAAGCAGUGACAUACCGUCGUGAAUGGAUUAUCUCGUCUCGCGAAAAGUUUGUUAUUCUCCCGUGCGGUCGCAUCCGAAGAAAUUUGACCCUCAGCUGCAGGAGGAGCAGCGCUGUCGAGCCGAGCGUUUCUCUACCGUCAUCCGAUCUGACACCAUAUCAAAUGGUUGCAGCCAUCCGCAGAAUACGGACAUAUUUCGACAGGACGCCCAGUUUUUUAUCACAUAAUGGCAGUGUUUGGCUCACAGGUGCUUCUGGCAGUGACAAGAUCAAGGGGAUCCCACUUGCUUUCUAAAAGACACAGUUGUGCUUCCCUCCCCUUGUCACCAUGCAUACGCUACCACUCUGAGUUCAACGGACAGACUACUCUCACAGCCAGGUGUCCCAGACAGCUCUACCCCUGCUACACUUCCAGCUACAUCCACCCUGGUUGCGUAGCUGCUCGGCCACUCCACAGCUCUUGUGCAUGGUUGCAAGAGGUAAAGGACACUAUUGCAGGAUCUGAGCCUACCAAGGGUGACUCUGACUCAGCUGCCUCUGGCACUCAACCACCGCCAGCAGUGCCAAAGAAGUCCCUGGGCCAGAAAGUCCUGGAUGAACUCAAGCAUUACUACCAUGGGUUCCGUCUUAUGGGAAUCGAUACACAAAUCGCUGGCAGGACGGUAUGGAUGUUAUUGCAUGGACAGCAGCUUACCAGGAGAGAGAGACGGAGGCUGAUGAGAACAUGUGCUGUCUUGUUUCGACUGGUGCCCUUCAUGAUCUUUGUCAUCGUUCCCUUCAUGGAGUUUCUGCUCCCUGUUUUCCUCAAGCUCUUCCCUGAAAUGUUGCCUUCCACCUUUGAAACAGAGUUUAAGAAGGAGGAAAAACAGAAGAAGGGGCUUGCUGCUAAACUGGAGCUGGCCAAGUUCUUGCAGGAGACCAUCGCUGAGAUGGCCAGGAGGAAUAAAGCAGCAGUUGGAAAUGAAACUCAGAAGUUCUCCACUUAUGUGCAACAUGUUAGACACACCGGUGAACAGCCCAGCACUAAAGACAUUGUAAAGUUCUCCAAGCUCUUUGAGGAUGAGCUGACGCUUGAACACCUGGAGCGGCCACAGCUUGUGGCAUUGUGCAAACUGCUGGAGCUGCAGCCCAUCGGCACCAACAACCUGCUGCGUUUUCAACUAAUGAUGCAACUGCGCACAAUCAAAGCUGACGAUGAGAUGAUCGCCUCAGAGGGUGUGGUUGCAAUGACUGUAGCAGAGCUUCAGGCUGCUUGCAGGAGUCGCGGCAUGAGAUCUCUGGGUCUGACCACAGAUCAGCUCCGACAGCAGCUUCAGCAGUGGGUGGAUCUACACCUUAAAGAGAAUGUACCACCUUCACUCUUGCUGCUCUCUCGUGCAAUGUACCUGACAGACCUCACUCCCAAACCCCCAGUCAUCCCGCCUGUGCCCAAACUGGAGAAAGCCACUCCUCCUGUGGAGAGUGAAGCUUCAGCCAAAGAGAACCCACUGUCGUGCUCACUGGAGGUGCUGGUGGACUCUGCUCCCAUCAUCAAAGACAGAAAAUCAGAAGAGUUGUUGGAAAAACCAAGAGUUUUGGACAUGCCAUCACCAGAAGCUCAGUUAAUACAUGCUAAAGAGGCAGAGUUGUCACAGAAAUCCAAGAUAAGUGCCAAUGGGAUCUGAGAUGGACCACUGUUAACACAGAUACCUUGUUUUGUCUGAAAAGAAGAGUACAGUUCGGUCUCUUCCACCACUGCUAAUUCUUUCUGAUGAAACAUCAAACCUCUGGAUUUUUAAAGGCCUCGCCGGCCCUUCUGUUUCAUAUUCAGCCAUACAAACACCUCUCAUAUGGACCUGACGGACUUGUAACUGUUUAACUACAAAGCCGACAUCACCACCUCCAUUGACAUCAGGUUAUCCAUCACUUAUUUGGUCCUAAAAGACAAAGGGGAAAAUGGUUUGUCAUGCAAGGCUUCAUAUUUGUAAAGACAUCUCAAACAUCACUCCUGCUUGAUGUGUUUACAGCUUUCUGAUCCCCUAAAGAUUUGCCUCGUUACAUCAAUUUGACUGAUUUAGUAAAUUAGCAAUGAAAAGAUCAAUUGUCCAACUAAGAAUUGCUUAAGGAACUUGCCAAACUCUUUUUGCAGAACUGCACUGUGUAAAUUUGUAAAUAAAUUGUAAAAUACCUGCAUAUUAUAUAAGUGGUUCUGCAUUGUACAGUCGGCUGUGCCAUAUGUGUAGGCUAAAGUGCAAAAGAAGAAUUAAGACAUAUUAUUUUAAUAAGAUAGCAUUCUUGAUUUAGUUUGGCAUAUGAAAUUUAAAUUGCCAAUUAUGUGGGCAUUUUUUUUAUUUGAAAUGUACAGAUUUCCCUUUGGUUAGGGAAUAUUAUGCACACUCCCUCAGGGGAUGCGAUUAGCGGUGUUACAAUUGCACCAGGCCUGCCUGUGGCAGUCUCUGCAAUUUAGCACAAAUUAAAAAAAAAAUACAAUAGUUUCAUCAAAGUGUUUAUUUUAUGUGUUCAAGGUAUGCUGUGCACCCCCAUUUUAAUUAUUACAAACCAUUGGAGUUGUAAAUUUGACAUUUUAUUGUGAUUAAAUAUACAGUGGCAAAAUUCCCCUGAAUUCAAAUGAUUAUUUUUGAUUAAUGUACUGUUUGGAUUGUUAUUGGAUUUCUCAUUGCACUGGAUAAACCAUCGGGAGGGGAAUUCAUAAAAUGGCAAAAUUGUAAAGUUUUUAUUUAAAACAAAUUAAUGCACUUAAUGCUUUGCCUUCCUUUGACUCAACAGUAAAAAAUAUAUAAUUUUUUUUCACAUAUUCUCUAAGUCCUCGUGGUGGCGUAGUGACUCCCCACAAUCCGGGUGGCUGAGGACAAAUCUCAGUUGUGUCUGAGACCGUUAAUCCACGCAUCUUAUCAUGUGGCUGGUAGAGCACGUUACCGCGGAGACAUAGCCCAUGCGGAGGCUUCUCUCUACUCUCCGCGGUAUCCAUGCACAACUCGCCAUGCUCCCCACGAGAGCCACACAUUAUAGUGACAAGGAGGAGGUUACCCCAUGUGACUCUACCCUCCUUAGCAAAUGGGCCAAUUUGGUUUUUAGGAGACCUGGCUGGAGUCACUUAGCACACCUUGGAUUCAAACUCGUGACUCCAGGGGUGGUAGUCAACAUCUUGAGCUACCCAGGCCCCCGACUGAACUGUAAAUUUUAACCAAAUUUAUUACCUCUUCAAACUACCCUGUCCAACAAUCAUGGUGCACUAAUGUCAAGGCAAUCAAAUAUGUAAAAUCGAAUUUGAAACUGCCUUUUAUCAGGGUAAAAAAGGGUACUGUCUUUUUCUGUGGUACAGUCAUGAAAUAAAGGUGCUCAUUGCUUUAACUAAUACCUCUCCUAAAUGUUAGUGUUACAAUUCCCCAUUUUUAUGUAGCUCAUUAUAAACGAAUGCCACGGUUUUGGUUUCCAAAAUUUGACAGAAUUUAAGAUGUCAAAUUUAUAGUUUUUUAUUAAUUGGUUAUUUUGUUUUAAAAAGAUUAAAAUAUCUAAAAUAUUGAUGUGUUCUGAAUUUGCUGCAAACUCAUACAAUAUUUAAACUGACCUUUGUAUUUUUACAAAUUAACCAUUUUAACCAGCUGAUUACCAGGAAUGCCAUCAAAGUGCUCCAUUCCUCAGAUUAGUUGUGUUCAGUUGCAGGGCUUAAAGGGGUCAUAUACUGGUAGAGUACAUCCAGAACAUGAGAUUGAUCAUAAGACUUCUUAACCUCUUUAGAGUCUUCCUUGGAACAACCUCACUAGUUUUGAGCUUUGAUCAUUCUGUACAUUGUGAACUCUUUUGGGUGGUCGCAAGUAUAGCCAUUUAUUAUGUACGAAGUCUAAACAAAAAUGUACUGACCAUACCAGUACUGAAGUACAAAUAAAUAAAUGGCAUAUAACU